AUGCUUCGAUUCUUGAAGGCCAGGAAAUUCGAUAUGGAGAAAACCAAGCAAAUGUGGUCAGACAUGCUCCAGUGGAGGAAGGCAUUCCGUGCUGACACUGUUAUGAAGGAUUUUGAAUUCAAGGAACUCAAUGUAGUCCUGGAAUAUUAUCCCCAAGGACAUCAUGGAGUGGACAAAGAUGGAAGGCCUGUGUACAUUGAGAGACUAAAGUAG